AUGUUUACCUUCAAACUCUUGCCAAAGGUGGCUCCAGGUAGCCGCUCCGAUCAAGAAGAACCACUACUACCCGCGGAACUGCUGGCAGAAAUCGCCAAGUUUCUUUUUCAGCCCAGUGACCUUGUCAAUUUCUGUCUAGCUUUCCUCCAGUCGAGAAUCGCUUACACUGCUGCCCUGCCUGUCUUGUGGACAAGUCUUUCGUUCAACGGUGGAAAAUGUCAAAUGAGCCUCGAGUCUCUACUUCAUCGACCGGAACGAACAAUGGGUGUCAAGAAAUUGUUUCUUCGGCCAGGCUAUCUGAGGGAACCAACUCCUGAAACACUCGCCCAGGAGUCUCUUAUCUCAAACAAUCUUGACGCGCUCCUGCCGAAUUUCCACAGCCUCCAAACCUUCGUAUGGGAUGGAUUAGAAGCACCUGAUGAAAAGGUCUGGAAAGCACUGUUGGAAAGUUGCAAACAGAUCCGGCACAUCAACACCACCAUUACAGAGCAUCAAUUAAGUGAAGACAGCGCGUUGUUUUCGUUCAGCGACCUUGUUGCCUUCUCGCUCGCAACAAAAUAUAAAUGGAGGGGCCACCAAGGAUUCAGAGACGUGGUAGCCGAAAAUUUCCCCGCAGCCAUGUGGGAUAUGCUGAUUGAUCGCUGCCCACAUCUUCAAGAACUUGCUUUAGGUGGCCCAGGGACGUCUCUUACAACCCGACUGUUUAAUGCUCGCAGGCUUUGCAAAGGAAGGUGGCCUCAGCUCCAGAGCGUGUCUUUAGGCCAUGUGCUUCUAUACGAUCGAGAACUUCCAGCUUUCGAUCAGGAUGAGGACAUCAACUCAUUCAAAAAUUUUAUCCGUUAUCAUAGAAAAACCCUCAAAAGACUUCAGCUUCCAUAUUCCACCAAAAUUCCACAAUUAACCUCAGAAAAUCUAGAAUUGGAAUCCUUCAGCGGCAAUAUACCCUACUUGAUCGACCUCCUUCCUUUGGAUAGUCUCAGAGAGCUGAUUCUUUGCUCAGAGGAGCAUGCCGCGUGGUAUAUCCCUUAUCUGAGGAGAGUUCUACUCCGGUUUCCGGCUCUCACCACUCUCGUAAUAUGGAUCAACCUCUCAAGUCGGAUUGAGGACCCCACCGUCGAGCAAGAUACAGACCAUAUCAGAAUUUUUUAUUCUAUUUUGCAAACCUGUCCAAAUCUCCAUCACUUCAAGGUAUUAUGUUCUACGAAAACGAAACGCGGUUUCCAAAUGAAAGACUUCCAUAAAGCAUUGAAAGAUGGGCCAAAUCUCAGAACGUUGGAAGUUUACAAGGUUUACACUCUUGGAGAAGAGGACAUGGUGCAAAGCGCUGCAAACAUCGUUCGCCAACUUCCCAGCCUCGAGCAAAUUAUUCUUAGGUAUACCACCGACCCCUGGUCCUUUUACGAGCGCAUGGUGUUGCGGCAAACGGGGAUAUAUCAAACUGUCUACGGCAAGAAAUCCAAGGAACCUGUGCGUUUGUCGGCGCGUGAGGAAGGUGCUGGUCUCUUCAAACGGUUUAGCCGCAAGUAUGAGCAUAACCUCGUACCUCUGCGGACAAGAAUGUUCUCUGGGUUCAAUAAUGACGACGAUUGACUCGUAUCGUCAGUUGAAGAUCAUUUGUUCAUCGUUUGACUUGUAAAUUAUUGUCCAACCUCUCCUACCGCGGAUCAUUGAAAGUGAUAACGUCCAUGUAUAUGCCAUAUAUUCAUUUCAUUUUC